AUGAAUAGUAAUAAUAUUAUCGUUGAAUCGGAUGAACAUGAAGAAGAAGAAGAAGAGGAAGAAGAACAAGAACAAAUUGAUGAUAGAGAAAUCGAAUCUGAAGUAGAACAUGUUGAUCAAGAAGAAGAGGAAGAAGAAGAAAAUCAAGGUGGUGAUCAAGAAGAAGAAGAAGAAGAAAAUCAAGGUAGUGAUCAAGAAGAAUCUAAUCAACAAGAAAAUAAUCAACACGAUGAUGAAGAGGAAGAUGAACAUAAUACUCCAAUCAAUGAAGAAGAAUACGAUACUGAAGCACGAGAUGCAGUUGAUCCAACAAAUCCAUUAGAUGAAGAUUCUGUUGAAGCUGCUCAAAAUGUCACACAAGAACAGGUUUUUGGUGAAUUAAGUGAUUUAAGUGAAGAUGAAGAUGGUAUACGAAGAAAAAAACAAGAUGAUAAUAAUUUAAAUGGUAGUCAGGAAGGACAUGAAGGUGAUGAAGAUGAAUUAAUUGAAGAACAAGAAGAAGAAGAACAAAUUAUGGUUGAUACACCUCAAGUUACAUGUGAUCUUGGUCGGGAUAUUCAUCUUGUUAAAUUACCAAGUUUUAUGAAAGUUGAACCAAAACCUUUUGAUCUUCAAUAUUUUAAUGAAGAAAUUCGUGAUGAAGAUGAUGAAGAAAGUAAAGCUCGAAAGAAAUUACGACUUGAAAAUACAAUUCGUUGGCGUUAUAAUACAAAUGAAAAUGGUGAAACAAUACGUGAAAGUAAUACAAGAUUAGUACGUUGGUCUGAUGGAAGUUUAUCUUUACAUGUUGGUAAAGAAAUUUUUGAUGUAUCAAAAGCAAAUAUUCAAAGUGAUCAUAAUCAUUUAUUUGUUCGUCAUCAAAAAAGUAUGCAAGCUCAAGCUGUUUUUCGUACAAAACUUUCAUUUAGACAACAUUCAAAUGAUUCAUUAGCACAUUUAAAACUUAAAUUUGCAAGUAAAGCAAAUCCAGCACCAAAAGUUCGUGUUCUUUCAAAUAUAAAAGCACCUAUUAUAAAUAGUAUUGAUAUGAGAAAGAAAGAAGAACAACGAAUGAAAGCUGAAGAACGUCGACGUAAUCAACAAUUACGACAACGUGAACGAGCUGCUUAUAGAGAUCGAAAAAUGUCAGCAAGUUAUCUUGAAGAUCGUGAUGAAGAUGAAGAAGAAAAUGAACAAGAAUCAUUAAAUGCAAUUAAAAAAAAUGUUAAAAAAAAGAAAUUACAAGGUGGAUAUCAAGCUGAAGAUACAAGUGAAGAUGAAGAUGAUGAUGAUCCAGAUGAAAAAUCUAAUCGUUCACGACCAUCAACUUCAACAAAACAUCGAAAAGUUGCUUCUUCAGAUGAAGAUAAUUCGAGUAAUGAACAACCAACAAAACGAAAACGUGUACAAUCUGCUGGUGAUGAUGAUGAAGAAGAACAAGAGUCAGAUUGA